AUGUCGGCUUGUGUUUCUCAGAAAGCUGAAAAAGGACCGGUCUAUGCAGAGGCGGCUGUGUCCAUGAGUAAGGCACUUUACCCUUAUUGCUUAAAUGACAUGCGUCGGGAGUCCCGUAUGUUGUUCACUGAGGCGAUGAAACUUGCAGAAAUUAUAACAGUACUGUCUGUAGUGUUCUUUGUCACAUUUAUUGUCGGUGACGGAGCACCCCAAUGGCGACCACAGGGACGAUUUGGCAAAAGGGUAGACCAGAGACAAUAUCCAGUUUCAUGGCAGCCAGACUCUGAAAGUGAUAUAGACGUUUACCCUGUGGUAGAAACCAGAACAGACACAGAAGCCGACAGUGAGAAGACUUUGAAACUGUUGGAAAAAUUAUGUGUAGAAAGCAGCUUACCUGGUCUGUUUAGGUGUUACAGAAAGAAGAGGUCAACAGAAGCGAGGGAAGACGAACGAUCGUAA